AGCAACCAGUCAACCCGCGUUCUCAAAGGUUUUCAACCUGUCACCCCAACACAGCAUACCGAAAGAAAAUAAUGACCGGCAAUCAGGCACUCGAGGUUAACCCGCCCAAUGCACAGAUUGACAUCAACACCAACGGCUCGGACUGGCUGUGGGCGGCUUUCGCCCUCUUCAUGUUCAGCGACCUCUGCAUGAUCAGCUGGAUGUGGUUCCGCCGCACCGCUCAGCGCGUCUUCCACCUCCUCCCGAUCAUCAUUCUUUCCAUCGCGUCGGUCGUUUACUUCACCAUGGCCGCCGACCUUGGGUCGACACCGAUCACUGCUGAGUUUUACGGCAACCACCACCAGACGUACGCCGGUGAGCCCGCUACCCGUGCCAUUUGGUACGUGCGGUACGUUGGAUGGGUCUUGACAAUGCCCCUCGUCACCCUUGCGGCCCUUUUGACGACCGGAUUGGCAGCAACCGAGGUUUCAUCGACCCUGUUCAUGCAAGUUGUCGCCUUCGUCAGCUUCCUCGUCGGAGCCCUCGUAUCAUCGACUUAUAAGUGGGGCUACUUCACUUUCGGCACUGUAGCGCUCAUCUACGUCGUCGUUCAGCUAUUAGUUCCUGCUCGCGUUGCUGCAGGGACCAUCGGCGACGAUGUUCGUUCUAUCUUCACCCGCUCGGCCGCGUGUCUGUCCUUCCUCCUCAUGCUCUACCCCAUCGCCUGGGGAUUGGCUGAUGGAGGCAACGUCAUCACCUCCGACGGCGAGAUGGUCUUCUACGCCGUCCUCGACAUCAUGGUGCAGCCCGUAUUCCUCUUCGCUCUGCUCUUCCAGCUUCGGUCGAUUGACGUCGCGCGGUUCGGGCUCGCCCCUCGUCACGUGAUCGUUAACGAGAAGGCUGCUGAGGCUGCAUAAGCAAACAUCGACAGAUGAUUAGCGCCACUGUAUCGAUUUGCCCCUUUUCCCUCACGGCUUAUCACGACUAAUAUUGGGAAAGGCGGGAUGGAGCGCUUCGGCCUCUGCUGCCCUUUCACUCACGCCCCUAAUGUUGAUAAUUACGAUGCAGUAAUGUAUUGACCAAAUUCUGUUGUCAUUU